GGUACAUCCACCAGUGAGUGGAUCACGACUAAGGAUCGUAGAGAGAGAGAGAUACCUGGACCUAGACGAUCAUCAUGGCCUCUAAUGCCAGCGUCAUCCGCUCCUGGAUCUCUGGGCUAAUCAUCUGCUUGUGUAUCGCUGCUGUUUCUGCAAGCACUACCCCACUGGCAUCUACAGAAAGCCCUGUAAGAGCUACAGCCAAACCAGGCACACCUGAUGCUGGAACAACAGCCAAACCAGGCACACCUGAUGCUGGAACUACAGCCAAACCAGGCACACCUGAUGCUGGAACUACAGCCAAACCAGGCACACCAGAUGCUGGAAAUACAGCCAAACCAGGCACACCUGAUGCUGGAACUACAGCCAAACCAGGCACACCAGAUGCUGGAACUACAGCCAAACCAGGCACACCAGAUGCUGGAACUACAGCCAAACCAGGCACACCAGAUGCCGGAACUACAGCCAAACCAGGCACACCAGAUGCCGGAACUACAGCCAAACCAGGCACACCAGAUGCCGGAACUACAGCCAAACCAGGCACACCAGAUGCCGGAACUACAGCCAAACCAGGCACACCUGAUGCCGGAACUACCGCCAAACCAGGCACACCUGAUGCCGGAACUACCGCCAAACCAGGCACACCUGAUGCCGGAACUACCGCCAAACCAGGCACACCUGAUGCCGGAACUACCGCCAAACCAGGCACACCUGAUGCCGGAACUACCGCCAAACCAGGCACACCUGAUGCCGGAACUACCGCCAAACCAGGCACACCUGAUGCCGGAACUACCGCCAAACCAGGCACACCUGAUGCCGGAACUACCGCCAAACCUGGCACACCUGAUGCCGGAACUACCGCCAAACCAGGCACACCUGAUGCCGGAACUACCGCCAAACCAGGCACACCUGAUGCCGGAACUACCGCCAAACCAGCCAGGCACACCUGA